AUGGCUUCUACAUACGAAAAAGGCUCCGAAGAGUCAGGUGUAACCAAACAACUUUGCCGGUGGCUUGAGACUUUCACAUUGGAUGAUGUCCCGGAAGAUGUACGCCUACGCGCCAAAUACCUCAUCUUAGACGGUCUUGCAUGUGGUAUCGUAGGCUCUCAUCUGCCAUGGACAGAAAAAGCAGCCAGCACAUUUUUUGAAAUGGAACCAACUGGAACCAGCAUCGUAUGGGGCUACAGCGACAAGAAAGUUAGCCCCCUGUCUGCUGCGCUGUUAAACAGCACGGCAGUUCAAUCAUUUGAGCUUGAUGAUUGGCAUCUGUCAGCCCCUUUACAUUCCAACUCUAUUAUUCUCCCAGCUCUCUUCGCAGCUGCCAGCCAUCGUGAAGUUGGGCAGUCAGUCAAGACUGAUGGCAAGACGUUUCUAGUCUCCCUCAUUGCUGGAUAUGAGACAGGCCCUAGAGUCGGACUUGGUCUUCAUGGUGCUCAUAUGCUCACCCGCGGAUGGCAUUCAGGAGCAGUAUUCGGUCCAUCAGCUUCAGCCGCUUCGGUCAGCAAAUUAUUGCAGCUUCCUGCCGGUUCUAUUGAGGAUGCACUCGGUAUCGCUUGUACGCAGGCAGGUGGAUUGAUGUCUGCCCAAUUCGGAAGCGAAGUAAAGCGUAUGCAGCACGGCUUUGCGGCCCGGAGCGGCCUUCUUGGUGCUCUGCUUGCCCAGAAGGGCUACACUGGAAUCAAAAAUGUCUACGAAGAAAAAUUCGGAGGUUUCCUCAUUAUGUUUGGUCAGGGUUCGGUGAAGCAGCCUUCAUAUUUACCAGAGGAGAUUAGUAAAGAGCUCGGGGAGACAUGGCAAUCACGCCUUAUCCGAGUUAAAGAUCAUGCUUCCAUGGCUGGUACUCAUUGCACAGUUGAUUGUGUCCGCGCAUUGCAGGAUAAAUACCCUGAGAAAUUGUCAGAUCUCAGGGCAAUUACCAGUAUCAAGGUGGAUAUGACGGAGGCAGCAUUCCAUCACGGCGGAUUUGACGUGAAACGACCAGUCGCAGCCACAGGAGCCCAAAUGAGUGCAGCAUAUACUGCAGCUACGCAGCUCGUUGACGGACAGGUACUUCCCAAUGAAUUUCGACAUGACCGGCUCGAUCGAGAUAUUGUCUGGGAGCUGGUUGAAAAAAUCAAAUGCUUCCAUGCACGCGAUCUCGGCGAGGAUCGUUAUACGCAGCGUGUUACUAUCACUCUCAACGAUGGCACGGUUUUGAGUGAGACCUUGCACGCCCCGAGGAGUGUGUCGCCGGGAUUGACUAAUGAAGAGAUUUUGGAGAAGUGGCGGCGACUGACUCAGGGUCUCAUUGAAGAGGAGAGACGGGAUGAGAUUGAGAAGAUGGUAUUGGACAUUGAGAAUGUGGACGAUGUGGCUGUUCUGAACCAACUAAUGGCAGCGCAUUUCCUGAAUCCUAUUGCUUAAAUACGUUAUGUAGCAUCCACAAUAGAACAGAUUUCAAGCGCAUUAGCAGCCAGACUCUGGAAAUCAAGGAAUGCUGCGCAACGCAUACAACCAAGUAGGAAUAAGGUAGACGUGGUGUAACGAUCUUCAAAGUUUUAGCGCCGCACGUAUUCCGAGGUUUAUUUUUGCCCUAACUCUUGAGUCUUCCGU